AGGGGGCGUGGCUUCUGGAGCUGAGCAGCUCCGCCCCUUACCCCCCCCUGUCUGAUUAUAACAGCUCUGUGUCUCGCUAGCGUAAAUCUUCACCGCUGUUACAUCAAAAUAUCAAGCAAUAUCGUUAAUAUCCAGCCGUAUGGUUCUGAUCCGGAUGUCAGAAGUGAAGAUCUUCAUGGACAGAACUUCCUCCAAAAACAAUAAACUUGCUUCUAUUUAGUUUGAAAAAAAAAAGAUUUAUUUGCUGUUUUUUCUUGAGUGGUUUGCUAAAAAAUAAACUAUUAGAUUUGAUCACAAAGGAAGUUAACUUCAUUAGUUUUAAUGACAUCAAACAUAUUCAACUAAAAACAAUAAUUAGGAAUAUUUAUCAGUUAAAAAAACAUCAGAACUUUUUGUAAAACGAAAUAUUAAAUGACAGCAAAAUCUGAAGUAGCUAACGUCUUUCCUGCGCCUCAGCAAAUUAACAACUUAAGGAGAAAAAAAAUAAACUGCAUCCACUGCUGUCUGCUAAUAAUAUAGAACUCUGCGGUUUUUCACAACAAAACGGAAACUUUUUGAGCUUUAAAGUCAUGGUAUUUAAAGCAGACACACUUAGAGAUUGCACCGUGUGACUAUUGAAACAGCAAACUCUAAAACCUGAUGAUAGAUUUUUAUGCUAAGUCAAGGAUUUUUGACAGAAAUCAUUAUUUUGUAAAGUUUUAACCAGGUGAAGCAUUUGGAGCCAAAUAUUCAGUCAUUUGCUGCCUGUGAGUCUUUUUUAUCACCAAACUGUGACUCUGGACCAAAAGCUGCGGCGUGUCGCGGAUCGAGGGCGAGUCGAUGAGUUUGUUUGUGGUGUGAGAAGGUCAGACCACAGGAGAGAGCUUUUCAUGUCACGCAGCUCAGACUGCUCAUGCAUGGAGCAGCUCAAAGCUCCGGAGCCCACAGGUGAAAGUGUUACCUGAGCUGUGAGAGACUCGCAACCAUGAGUGUUUCCCAUGAGACCUGCCUUCUCGAUCAGGCUCUGGAGCUUAUUAUGAGCGAGAAGCCCCCCAACAGCACCAGUCUCAUCCUGAACGAGGACGCCGAGAAGCUCCCACUGCCCAACAGAGGAGAUCUGAGGAGGUGCCUCCGCAGGGCGAUGGAGAAGAGAGCCAGCAGCGUGAAGGAGCGGGUCAGCUCCUUCAGCAGGAGCAGCCUGAAAGGCUUCUUCAGGAGAAACCUGUUUGUUCUGUUCACCGUCGCUGCCGUCGCUUUAGGUGAGGAUGACGGUGAGUUUGAUGGGUUUCCAUCUUUGAUUUUUGUGUCUCUGUUCCCAGGAGUGAUCCUCGGUUUUUCUCUCCGCCCUCACAACCUUUCAAUGAGGGAGAUCAGAUACUUUGCUUUUCCUGGAGAGCUCCUGAUGAGAAUGCUGCAGAUGCUCGUGCUUCCUCUGAUCGUCUCAAGUUUAGUCACAGGGAUCUCCUCUUUGGACAGCAAGGCGUCGGGUAAGAUGGGUGCGCUAGCCGUGGCCUACUACAUGGUGACCACGCUGGUUGCCGUGUUCAUCGGGAUUGUGAUCGUCAUGAUCAUCCGGCCUGGGAAAGGCAGCAGGGACAGUCCCAUCAACAAAAGUGGAAACAUUGAACCGGUUCAGGCUGCGGAUGCUUUUCUGGAUCUCAUCAGGAACAUGUUUCCUCCCAAUCUGGUAGAAGCUUGCUUCAAGCAGUAUAAAACUGUAUAUAAGAAGACUGUUUACACCAGAAACGUGACAGUGACUCUGAACUUCACUGACUCUCUCAAUCUGACCGAGAACAACCUGUGGGGGAACUUCAGCAGGGUGUUGCACACCGUACAGGAGACGGUGGAGGAGACGGUUCCUGUGGCUGGCUCCUCAGGUGGAGUGAACGCUCUGGGCCUGGUGGUUUUCUCCAUGUGCUUUGGACUGGUCAUUGGUAACAUGAAACAGCAAGGCCAGGCUCUUAGGAACUUCUUUGAUUGCUUGAAUGAAGCCAUCAUGAGGCUGGUGGCCGUUAUCAUAUGGUACGCUCCAGUGGGCAUAAUGUUCCUGAUUGCAGGGAAGAUAGUAGAGAUGAAGGAUCUGGCAGAAGUGGGCGGUCAGUUGGGAAUGUACACGGUUUCGGUCAUUGUGGGUCUCCUCAUCCACGGUCUCCUUAUCCUGCCCCUACUCUUCUUCCUGGUGACCCGGAAGAACCCCUACAGCUUCAUUGGGGGUUUGCUGCAAGCUCUCAUUACUGCUUUGGGAACUUCAUCUAGUUCUGCUACCCUACCCAUCACCUUCCGCUGUCUUGAGGAGAACAACCGCGUGGACAAACGAGUGACCCGUUUUGUCCUUCCUGUGGGCGCCACCAUCAACAUGGAUGGCACCGCUCUCUAUGAGGCCGUGGCGGCCAUUUUUAUUGCUCAAGUCAACGACAUGGAUCUAAACUUUGGGCAGAUUCUCACUAUCAGUAUCACAGCAACUGCUGCCAGCAUCGGAGCAGCAGGCAUCCCUCAGGCUGGCCUGGUUACCAUGGUGAUAGUAUUGACAUCAGUAGGACUGCCCACUGAGGACAUAACACUGAUCAUCGCUGUGGAUUGGUUCCUAGAUCGUUUGCGCACAACCACCAACGUGCUGGGCGACUCGCUGGGGGCUGGCAUCGUGGAGCACCUGUCUCGUGGAGAGCUGCAGGAUCAAGACGCUGAGAUGCACAACUCAGUACUUGAGGAGAGUGAGAAGCCGUACCAGCUUAUAUGCCAGGAGAACGACACAAUCAACCACAUCAACAGUGAAACCACCAUGUGAACCAAAGAACAUUUGUUUCCAAAGGUUUCCGGUAUUAGAGAAAGGGUCAUGGUCAUCUUAUUUUAUGUUUUUUUUAAGCCUCUUAAGACCUGUGCUAAUAUUUGAGCUAACCCUUUAAACACGUAAUCACAAGGCCCCAGUAAACCAUAGUUAACCGCUGUGCCGACACAUUCUCAUUUCCAAGCCGUCACUUUUUGAUGUUUGGUUCAGGCCCCUUCCCCGCCACUUUUUGACAUUUUGGGUUGUCCCCAACUAGUCUUUUUUGAUGUGCUGGCUGUUUGUAAAAUCAAGGGUGUGCAUGAUCAAACAAUCCACUACAUUUUCAAAAUAAAACACAACAUGUAUGUUAAUUCAGUCUCUCGCCCAAAAGGAUGGUGGUUUGAGAAUCUUAAAUCCCCAAUGUGAUUUCACACAACCGUACACUACUUAUGCCUAAGGCUAUGUUCAAACCGGCUCGAAACAGGCGUUUCAAUGCGGGGUAAAUGCACGUUUCAAGAUGUCACGUUCAAAACUUUUCCAUUCACACGCUGCUACACAAGUUUUUAAGUCUGUUUCUUCAGAUAUGUACAAAACAUGGAGCCACUGAAUGGCUUUUUAAGUUAAAACACUUGAAUUUAAUCAGUCUGGGACUCAGAUUUGGAAUUCAUGUAUGGAUGAGAUGCACAACUUAUUAAUUCAUGAAUGUGCCGACCGUUCACGGAGGAUAAAUUAAUGAUUGCGGUUUUUGCCCGGCCGCAAAUAUAUGAUUUUAAGUUUCUCAUAUAUUAAAAAUAAAGCUGGUAAAGAAAAUUUUUGAACAAAGAUUUUCACCAUUUUGACAGUUUAUCGCCAAGCCACUUCCAAUUUUAGGUACAUGCGCUAGUAUCAGGUAGCAACAGCCCUUUAUGCUAAAAGCACAUUCAACUACUUUUAUUGGUCCAAGCCAGGCAAAAAUGGCCUUUUUUUUCAGUCACUGUUUUUGCAAUGGAUUUAUCUUCUUUGGGGGCAUACUUAUGAAAGUAAGCUUCUGGGACACCCUGAUUUUUACCUAAGUAGUCUGCAUCACAGACUUAUUUUGAUGGGUUUAUUUGAUAGAUUUGUAUUUGUGUGUAAUACAUUUAUGGGGUGUAAAGUGAACCAGAAAAAGUUCGCUGUACAUUGAGGUGUCACAACCAUAUUAGAUUUCUGGUCGCCAUGUUGGACUUUAGGCAAAAAUAAGGGCACCGUGCACCUUACACUAGCCUUAAAAGGACUUCAGGAUAUACUUACCUCAAGUACGACUAUGGUACGUUCUAUUUUCAUAAAAUCCCUUGAAGUGGCUCACCUAUGCACCCUUUAAGAUGAGCCUGCACCUCUGUGCAACCCUCAAUGGACCUGGACAACCCAAAAACCAAAAACCUAGAACACCCCGUACAAGUGCAUGUGACUGAGACAUUAUCCCAUUUGAUCUGGCUAUUUAGAAAACAAUUAUAAACUUGUCCCGAGACAUGAAAAAGAGAUUGUAAUUUAUUUUUUUGUUUUUUGGAACUAAAGUUUACAGUAAAGGUGUAGGUAAAAAAAGAAUCCGUCAGCUGGAGAGGUUUAUCUUUUUUAAAUGAUGGUUUCAAAACAUUAAAAAACUCAUUCAUAAAAGAUAAACCAAGUCCGUUUAAUAGCUUUUUACCUUCUAGUUCAAUAAAAUCGACCUGGAUUAAUCACUGAAGUUUACAGUGUCAUAGAUUGUUGAAGUUUGGGUCAAACACCGUAGUAUCCUCAUGUUUUUAAGUCGUUUUUACCAUUUUUCUUAUCAGCAGGGAAUCAUUUAUUUAAAAAUAAAACUGCAACAGAACUCAUCAAUUUCUGGUGAUGCUUUAGAUCCGUUUUUUACUGUUAAUAUUUACCUUACAAACCAUUAUUCUGUUUACCUUUGGAGUUUCCAUAGAAACAAAUUAAUCAGGAUGUUCAGAAUGUAAAUAAUUAAUAUUUGGGGGUUUUUUGCUAGGUGCUGUUUAGGUUAUCCUAAUAAAUGUUUCCUUGAAAUUUUGAAUACUUGACUGUUAAAUGCUGGAAAUGUUUUUUUUUUUUUAAUUGACUUUAUUUAUGAUUUGUAAUUUUUUAACUUAAUUUUACACAAAUUUAUGUGACUUAAUGUAUAUUUAAAGGUAUUGUGUUACAAUUCUGUAUGGUUGUACAAUAACAAACCUGCAAUAAUACCUACAGUAUGUAAAUUAAGUUAAAUUCUCAAAUUUUGCAUAUUUUCUUGUUUAAUUCAACUUCUUUGCUACAGUACUUUUUUCAUAUUCUUGAUAUAAUUAUACAGAUUAUUUGGUCAUUUUUAAGUAUAAAUAUUUGUUGUUGAUCAUAAAGUUUUUUGGUUGUGUUAAAAUGUAUAUUGAGAUAUAUGAUGUUUUAUAUAGUAGCUUACUUGAAGAUUUGGAAAUAUCUGACAUUUUAUCUGAUUUGAUCCUGUUGUGAAGGUUUUUUGGCUCAGUGGUGUUUUAGUGGAUAUAUUUUUCCUCAGAAGAGCAGCUAAAACUGGACAAAAAAAGUUUAAUUAACUUUUUGGGGUUUUUGUGAGCGUACAUUUGGAGCACUUUGGAAGAAAGGACUCUUACUCAAGACAAAAGUUGUUUUUUAUUUUUAAUCCACAUUUCCUGAAUAAAAUUUAGGAGAUCCAAUAAAACAACGUAAACAUAGGUUUCUAAUUAUUAAUGGAAUUAAUAUUUUUUAUAAGUUCACGAUUCUAAUUAAUAAAAAAUUAACAUACAUAUGUAAAAGUUGUUAUAUACCAUGUAUUGAAAUGGACAUAGAAGUACAAACAUGUUAGCUUCUACAUAGUUUUUUGUUAGGUCAAACUAACUGAUGUUUCAAGAGGUUUUAGUUUUAAAGAAAAUAAAAUUAGAAAUUAGAUGAAAAUCCAAUAAAAGAGGAAAUUAAUUUAAGUUAAUAAGUAAAAAAGAGGAAAAAAGAAGCAAACAUAGGUCAGUAUUGGGUACACCAGUAAAAACACUGCUAUUUAUAAAAAUAGAAUAAUUUAUUAAUUGCUGUAUGAUCUCGGAAUAUUUGCAGUUAUAAAGUUAACUUUACAAAUUAAUGAUGCAAGUUAUUGAGUUAAUCACUAAGUCAUGAAUUUGAUUCGGUAAAUUAAUCACGUUACAUAUUACUGAAAAAUUUUCUUUUUUCACCAUAUGUUGUCAGACAUCUCACAAUCUACUGUCCUGUCUAACCUCCUAAAGAUUUGGAAAAUAAACAAGACAAAAACAGA